CCAAAACCUCCUUUUGACAAUUACCAUUGGAAGUUUUGUACCAUCAAUUCUUCCAGUACUGUCAUAUAUUUGGAAAUUCCUUCACAUCCCCAUGAAACAUUCCUUUGUCUGUGGGGUAUAAAAACUGAGCAUAAUUGCACAUCAGACAGCUCCAACAAUCAAGCUGCAACAAAUUUUCUCUGGUUUGCACAAGUAAGACAAACUCACCAUCAUGUUUACCCGCCUUUCUACUGCUUUCGUUAUUAUCCUCGGCUUGACAGCCCUUGUCGAUGCUGGAAUAGUGCCAGCUGCUCGCGCAGUUGGUGACCUUCAUAAGCGUAGCAAUGCCCUGGGCAACUAUGCAGAACCAGACCUCUAUGCAGAACCGCUUGGCAAGCGCGAAAUCGGAGUGGGCAAUUACGCAGAACCAGAUCUCCAUGCAGAACCGCUUGGCAAGCGUGAAAUCGCAGUGGGCAACUAUGCAGAACCAGACCUCUAUGCAGAACCAGUUACAAGGGAUCCCAAGUAGCAUAUAAGUAGUGGUCGUACAUGACUUAAAUAAAUGCUCAAAUGCCGCAGACGUACGGGAUCACGGAGUGGCACCGGAGUUAACAUAAAGUCCAACUCUAUCCUAUUCGUUGUAAUCUGGCGCGUGUGUAAUAACAGCGUAUACUAUCAUAUCCGCAUAUAGAUCUUCCUCUAUCUUCCUGUGGGCUUGGGUGGUCAAAAGAAUCUGCAG